AUGACGACGACCGCUCUAAAUGGGCUAUUGACUCUGCCUCUUCGGUGUUGGGUGGUCGCGAUGGUGCCCAUUUGCCUUAAAGCAUGUAGAGUUCCACUAGCAUUAAAGGAGAAAGUGGAUGCAGAAAUAGACAAACUAUUAGUGCAGGGGUUUUUAGAACCUGCAGACCACGCAAAGUAUCGAUAUUGCUCAAUAUUCAUUGAGGGACACCGUCCUCUCCGAGUAUUUGAUUCGGGGAGGCCCUUCCUCUUUUUCCAAACCUUCUUUGGUGAUAUCUUUCCUCUUCCCCCCCACAGGCUGGCUCCUGAUGCCAGGUGGAAUCCACACCGUAGCUUUUUGGGGACAGGGAACUAUGAUCUCAAUGUCAUCAUGGCAGCUCUUCAGAGUGUGGGGUUUGAAGCCAUUUGGUGGGAUAAACAAAGACCCAUCGAGCAGUUGUCCCUGACAGGGCUGGGUUUUCUGUCUCUUCCUGUGAGGCGUCACCACUGGAUUGCUGUGUCUCAGCUUGAUGGCAUCUAUUAUAAUCUUGACUCCAAACUGACGGCACCGGCACCAACUGGUGGUGAAGCCGACCUUAGGGUAUUUCUUCAGGAGGUGCUCCCUUGUGAGUUGCUGUUGGUUGUGCCCCAUGAGGCAGGCGAAGCCAGGCCUUGGCUGAACACUGUGAGGUGAUCCCAGACCUCCCAUAAAAAACUGCCUGGUCUAAAGAUAUUUUUUCUCCCUGCUGCACUCCCUUGCACCACCUGCUGCAUGUGAUGGGGGGAAGAAGGGAGCACUCCAUUCCUGUUUAUACUGCAACUCUGGGUGCCAAUAAUAGAAUCCAUCUUACCUUCUCUAAGAACUGAUCCUGACUUCCCUCUGUUUCUGCUUGCUUUUUAAAAGCUUGGCUUCUUCUGAUAUUAUGUGAAAUAAAGGAAAUAACGGAAAUGGUGAAGAAUAAUAUUUUGCUAGAAUCAUGAUUUAGGAGAAGAGAGUAAUACUUCUGUUACUAUAUUGUAGCCUCUAAGGUACUUCUGUGUCUUUUAAUUUCUGGCUAACAGAAAUUCAAUAGGAAGAUUUUCAACAAAAUUGAUGUCUUAAAAUAGUGGCCUUCCUGAGCUUCUGUUUCCAGCAUCCUUCCUCAUUGGAUGGUGCUGCUGGGAAUUGUAGUUCAAUGCUGUCAGGAAGGUACUAGGAGUACUUGUGCCUAUUGAAUUUUUGGAUGCCACAUAAUGAGUAAAGGACAACAAUCUGGCACAGUGGAUAAAGAAGUGAUGAUCCUCGCCCAACAAGCGAAAAUAUUUGCUUCUUUUUCUUUAUUUCUUUUAUUUCUAAAGGGGAAAAAAUCGUACUUGGCCAGAGAACAAAGAGUAUAUAGUGAAAAGUUCAAAUACUACAAUGGGAUAAAACAGUGGUCAGGACAUGGCAGACUAAUGCACUACUCAGUUCAUUAUCCAGUUUUAUGUGUUUUUAUCCUUUUCUAGGCUGCAUUGCCUAUUUUGUGAAGUAGAAUAGAUAUAUGCUUUCCAAGUUUUAUGGUUUUACCAAAACAAAAAAGCCAACAGCAACCCUAAAAGGGUAGAAACAAAAUGGUGCAAUACAAAUAAAUGUGUGUUUCAGGGUUGUUUUCUUCUUCUUCUUCUGGUAGAAUGUGAUUUGGGAAUGGAGGAGAAGAUUAUAUCCCAUUUAUGUAGAAAGUUGCACUAAUCACUAGAAGGCCACUGUUGUCACUUUCUACAGAAUGUUGACAAUUAAGUGAGCUAAGUGAGCAAAAAGUCCAGUAAAAUGCUUUGUUUCAGACAUAUCAAAAUAAUUGAGGGCAACUGGGUUGAUUUGAAAGUUGGGGCAAAAGGAUGGGAAACGUUUUCCUCAUUCACCAUUUCACAAAUGAAUGAAGUAUGUAUUUGCAUAAAUGUCCCAUAUGACCAUCAAGAACUGCUGCUGAAUAAACUGUCAAUCACAAUUUUCUCUUUUUUAAAAAAAAAAAUCACACUGCAGUGCUUCAUAUUUGGAAAAGAUUUAUUAAUAAUUUCUGGGCAUCCUUAAUAUUCAAAAAUUAUUUAUUUAUUAAAUUUAUAUACCACUGAUCUUACCUAAAUAAUGCUAGGUGAUUUACCCAGCAUAAGAAACCAU